GUGGAGUCUGCCAGCACGCGUCUGUCCCACUGCUCUUCCCCGUCUUCUCCUCUUGCCAGUUUGCGACUGCGAGCGAGCAGAGGCAGGAUGGCGGACAGCUCGGUGUGUGGCGGCGGGGAGGACACGGCGGUCGUGACGUCUCUGCUGGAGCGCGUUGCCGGCCUGAUGGAGGGCGUGCAGGCGACGCAGCAGCGCAUGGAGGAGCGACAGCUGGAGGUGGAGAGCGCCGUCCGUGCCAUUCAGGCCAGCGUGGCCAAGUUGGCCGCCGAGCAGUCCGGCGCCGUCGGCGGCCUGGAGAAACUCCUGGAGAAGACCUGUAAGGUCAGCAGGCACAUCAAGGACGUGCGCGUGCGCUUGGAGAACCAGAAUCUGCGCGUAAAGAAGGUGGAGGCCACGCAGGGGGACCUCCUGGCCAAGAACAAGUUCCGAGUGGUCAUCUACCAGGGCGAGCAGGAAGUGCGAGCGGCAACGCCGGGCAACGACGCAGGCGAUGAGGAGUCAAACAAGUUGGAGCUUCCUCCGGAUUCGGACGAGGAGUACAUGGUGGUGGAGGAGGCUGACUCGGCGGCGGCACGUCCCAAGAAGAAGACAGGGCUGACUCGCAUGGAGAGCUUGAAGGCCACCUUCUCGCGGGACAACAUGAGCCGGACGCGAGACAGCCUGGGCAGCAAAGUCAACAAAUUAGGCGAGCGCAUCGUGACGGCCGAGCGGCGCCAGAAGAUCCGCCAGUCGGGCGAGCGCAUCAAGGAGACCCUGGCCAAGAACGUCCUGAAGAAAGAGAGGACUGUGGCCGAGGGCCAGGAGGGGGCCGACCCUGCCGCUGAUGGGGGCGCCGCCGCCGCACCCGUGCCGCCGCCCAAGGGCCGGCGGGGCGUCCCGGACGAGCCACGCCCGGAAGGCGAGGUGCACGUGUACGACAUGAAGCAGCUGUCGUAGCGCCCACCCGCCGGCCGGCCAAGGAUGCCUUGGGCAGAAGAGCUCAUGCUGGACAGUCUUUAUAGCCAAUCAGCUUGCGUGUUGACAUUGACAAGAACUCUUUUAUGUUUUGCAUGUAGGGGACCGGGAACAAGAUGGCGGCGGCGUUUGCUUGGUGUAGCGACUUGAGUUGAGCGAGAAUGUGAUAUUGGCAAAUAAAUUGCACCCGCAAGCAACAACGA